AUGUCGUACUUCUUCGCGACCCCGGUCGACAUUGACAUUGUGCUCGACGAUGCCGACGAGCGAUCAAUGGUGGAUGUCAAGCUCGACAAGAACCGCCGGGAGAAGGCGCCAUUGUAUAUGGAUGGCGAGUCGGUCAAAGGCGCCGUCACCGUCAGGCCAAAGGAUGGCAAACGGUUAGAACAUACGGGCAUCAAGGUGCAGUUCAUCGGCACAAUAGAAAUGUUCUUCGACCGGGGCAACCACUAUGAGUUCCUCUCGCUCGUCCAAGAGCUUGCCGCACCAGGCGAGCUGCAGCACCCACAGACAUUUGACUUCAACUUCAAGAACGUCGAGAAGCAGUACGAGUCGUACAACGGCAUCAACGUGAAGCUACGCUACUUCGUGCGCGUGACCGUGUCGCGCCGCAUGGCCGACGUGAUCCGCGAGAAGGACAUCUGGGUCUACAGCUACCGGAUCCCGCCCGAGAUGAACAGCAGCAUCAAGAUGGACGUCGGCAUCGAGGACUGCCUGCACAUCGAGUUUGAGUACAGCAAGAGCAAGUACCACCUCAAGGACGUCAUCGUCGGCCGCAUAUACUUCUUGCUGGUGCGCCUCAAGAUCAAGCACAUGGAGCUGAGCAUCAUCCGGCGCGAGACCACGGGCGCGGCUCCCAAUCAGUACAAUGAGAGCGAGACAUUGGUGCGGUUUGAGAUCAUGGACGGCUCGCCCUCAAGGGGAGAGACCAUACCCAUCCGGCUGUUCCUGGGCGGCUUCGACCUGACGCCAACCUUUCGGGACGUCAACAAGAAAUUCUCAACAAGAUACUAUCUCAGCCUGGUAUUGAUCGACGAAGAUGCACGGAGGUAUUUCAAGCAGUCAGAGAUCAUCCUCUACCGGCAAGCACCUGAACUGGCCAACGGGCAAGGGCAGGAAGCGCUCACGGGAACGCUACCCCCGGAUAGGGAUAGCAAGCAGGUAGCGGCUGUUCCGGCAUGA